AUGCCGAUCGUCAGCGUAUACACUGGUUUCAAGUUCCGAGUUAAUGAAAGCGUUUACAUCAAGAAUACCACCACCCAAAGCCUUCGUGGGCCUUACCUAAUUUCCGAAACUCACGAUGGUCCGAAAUACACGCUCGAAGAUGUCAAAGGAGACUUGGCAGCAGGCGGAAAGAAGUUCGAUGAACACGAGUUGGAGCACGCUGGCCUGGAUUUUCAUGAACACAAGCUGGAAAUCAACAAACAAGAGUCAGAGACCACUGAUCACGAGUCGGAAAGGAUCCGCAAAGGAGAGUUGCAAAUUGUCGAAUCUGGUUUGACUCCCGCUGUAGAAGAGUUGGAUUUCGAUGAAACUGAGCCGCAUCUUAAAGACCAUAUAUCACCAAAUACUUUGCGAGACGACGUCAUAGACUCCCUUGGCGACAUGAGCAGUCAGAAACAGCCACCAAUGUCUGAUGAUAUCGAUCAAACUCAGGAUAGAAGUGCGACCACGUCGGAUACAUCUAUCCCUGGUAAUUCGAGUGGUAGGAUUCCCGCCGGAAAUAUUGCGCACGUCGACAGUCAAGAUAUGUACUCAACGGCCUCCGUUAGAGAAGAUACAGAGAAAGAUCUCAUCGAACGAUUUACCCGUCGCUUGGUGGCCGAUUUGACAAGCACAGCCAUUCUUGAACGCGUAGCCAGUAUUCCAUUACCGGAACUCGAAGCCUUACUGAAAGCAUUUGCGGGGCGACUUCACGAGGAGUCUACAGCUCCGUUUGGAUGGAAAGCAUCCGUAGAUCUAUGUCGGGAGAGCGGAACGAUCAUCAACGCUAUUACAUGGAUCGAGCCUCUGAUUAGAGAUGAACCGAAGGAACCGUCAGCGGAAGAAGACUCACCGGAGGAUACUCCGACACGUGAUUCAUUCUUCGAGGAUCAAAGCAAUGUCAGCGACGGGCCAGAUGCCGCAGAACUAUCGCGAUUCGACCAUGAUCCAGGCGCGCAGGUAAUCCCACCCGGCUCAAAGAGCUACAAAGAGUUCAUAUCGGAAUCACAAGCGUAUCGUUGGCUUCUUUUGAAGCUACAAACCGAAGCAGAAGUCCACUAUCCCGACGAACUCUCGUCCACACUCUUUGUUGAGUUUAAUAUCAUUUCCACUGGUCACUGGCAAAUAUGGGUUCAUGGCGGCCCAUACACGGUGUCUGAGUUCGCAGAACAGAUCGCAUGGCUAGCAACCACGUUACGGCUGUCGCCAAAACAGGAAACACUGGUGGUGCUGUCACCGCAACUGUCGAUCUUGCCAAGAGAAACACCAAACGAACAAGACAUAAAGGAAGUUACGAUAUGGAGUGAGCUCGCGUUCAACAUCAAUGACAACGAUAACACAGGCACUUCGAGUGAAGGCACUUGCUGGACUCAGUUGUUUACGAACCCUGUCUUGGUCAGCGGCUAUCCUAUCCUCCGAAAGUUUACACCAGCUGCUGGUCUUGAGACAUCAUUGGACAUCAUGGCGGGCCUUGUGAAAGCCCACCAGGUAGUUAGUCUCGAGAACAGAAUUGUGAUGAAAGGCUUCAGUUCAUUAGUAGUUGCUUCUGCAAUUGAUGGCGCUUUCAUACGGUGGCAUGUUUUCACAAGCGGGAAACUCGGCGAACGCAUAUCUUAUUUCGACCCUCGGGUAGAGAAGUCGGUUACAAACGAGGCUAACGUGCCUCUGAUCAGCUCAUUGAGUAGCUUUCGUCACAUCAUAGGAUGGUGCUCAAAAGUGACAAGCUUUUGUGGACAUCCUCAGGCUACGCUCGACGUUUUAGCAUCUGGUUCCAAUCCAUCCCCUGCGCACAGCGUCAUCGAACGUGGAUACAUUGAAUUCGGUAAUUAUGUCAUAGCCGGACUGAGCGGUCAAUUCAAUCAGCACGAGCCACCAGUGUCUUCUGGACGAAUGUAUGAUUAUCCUGAGCUACUUGAUUGGGUUACUCAACAGUUUGUGGUGUUUUACGACGUAAAAGACCAUCGGGCUUGGCUAGUAGACGGAGCUUCUGCACUACUCCACCUCGUGCGAAUCUCUUUGUAUCUAGACAAGACCGAACUCAAGCUCACACAUGACUGGGUGUACGAGGAAGACAAGCUGAAAGAAGACUGGGAAAGCUGCAGUGGACGCGAUGCAGCGAUGUCAACACUGAAGAAGUGGAAAAACCGAGACUUGAACGUAUACGUUAGAAACCAGACCUUCUACGAAAACGGCCAGCCUGUCAACGAGUUCUCUAAGUUCGGAAACAGAGUGGACAGGAUAAUACAUACGCUUGAGCUUGUCAUCGAACACCAAAACCGGGUGAAAGACGGGAUAGAAGUCCCUCAUACUGUCGAUACUCGGAAAGGCAUCGUGGGCUUCGAUAUCCGAGACAUUAUCAAAUCCCAUCCAGUCGAGUCCUGA